CGAUGUCAUAGUCAUACAAUCCCUUAGGUGACGGCUAUCGCUUUCAAGUAAAGUAAAUAAAUAACUUCUAAACAACGAAUAAACGUUAUGAAUUUUCCGAACAAUAUUUAAAAAUAAUUAUUAACCCUAAUUCCGUUGUUACACUACCUAACCAUAAAAAAUCCGCCAAGUAAUAUUAUCAUAAUUAUAACGGUGAAGGAUCCUUUUCGUUGAACUUUUAUGUUAUUUUAUAUCAUCAACAAUCAAUGAAUUUAUAAAGAUAACAUAGUAUUUAAAGGUAUAAUGGAGAAUAGGUACAAAUGCGUCAAUUGUGGCGCCGCAGCCGGCGCUUUGUAUCGAACGUAUGGACCUUCUGUAUUGAAACUUACAAAGUGUGACACUUGUAAAGGAUUAGUGGACAAAUAUAUAGAAUAUGACUCGGUCAUAGUCAUGAUUGACCUGGUGCUGAUGUCCAAAGCAGCACAGAGACAUAUCAUUUACAAUACAGAUUUUAAGAUAUAUUGGAAGCUGUUCAUCAUCCUCAUGAUGUUGGAGACUUAUGGAGUGUGGAAGAACGACAGCCUUUUUAACAUCGUGGUCACCACAGUGUGUGACAUUAGAAAUAAAUAUACACUUAAUACAACCCACAUUAGCCUACCGAUAGAUUUCAGUUUACCUGAAUCAUACCAAAGCAAAUGUCGAGGGUGGGAGAUCGAAGACAGAGAUGCUGUAGACCUCUUCAUAUGGGAGAAGAACUUUUAUAUACAAUUUAUAUCUACUUUCAUUGGCAUUGUGAUAUUUAUUGUAUCAGUACACGUCACUAUGAGUAUUUUAAGGAAAUCUAACUAUGAAGUGUCCAUUAAACGUAUUAUACAGUGUUUCUCGUUAUCUCAAACGAGUCUUCUGUUGACGUUGCCUAUGUUGGUAUGGGGCCACACGGACACACCGCACACCAGGUUGUUGCAUUAUACCUUAGUGUUUGGAUACAGCCUCGUGUUAUAUUACAAUGUGUUCUACGUGCUUUAUCAAGGACCUAAGAUAUUUAUCGUUGUAGCGCUUUUAAUGAGCAACUGCCUCAAAUACCUGGCAACGUUCCAUGCUACACCCAUGAUACGACAACUAUUGAAGUGAUUCUGUAUUAUAUGUUGAUAUAAGUCAAUAAUAUAUUAAACUAUUUAAAUAA